UUCCGCUGGAGCAGGUGAGCGCAGCGGCAUGGACGCAGUUGCGUGUUUGAGAGCUCUUACAUUGACGGCUGGUUCUGCUUGUUUUGUAUAAAAUCUGGCUUCCUUCCGCGGCGAGACUUCGUCUGUGAGUAGACCAUGAAGGCACUUCCACAGGAGACUGUGCGUCUGCUCUCCAGCUCCCAAGUGAUCACAUCUGUACUGAAUGUUGUCAAAGAGCUGGUCGAGAACUCGCUUGAUGCUGGCUCUUCAAGUCUUGAAGUUAAAUUGGAGAAUUAUGGUUUGGAUCGUAUUGAGGUGCGAGACAAUGGCUGUGGAAUCAAGGCUGCUGAUGCCCCUGUUAUGGCAGUGAAACAUUACACAUCUAAAAUUUCCUGCCAUGAAGACUUAGAGUGCCUGGAGACAUAUGGCUUCAGAGGAGAGGCACUUGCAUCCAUAUGUGCCAUUUCUGAGGUAGUUGUUACAACCAAAACAGCUGAAGAUGAUGUCAGCACUCAAUAUACACUUGACCUCAGUGGGCAUGUUAUCUCUCAGAGGCCAUCACAUCUUGGCCAGGGGACCACAGUGUGUGCACUGAAACUGUUCAAGAACCUCCCUGUCAGGAGACAGUAUUACUCCAACUCUAAGAAGUGCAAAGAGGAAGUGAAGAAGGUGCAAGACUUGCUGAUGGCUUAUGCAAUUAUCAAGCCAGAGCUGAGGAUCAUAUUCACUCACAAUAAGGCCAUGAUCUGGCAGAAGGCCAGGGUGUCGGAUCACCGGACAGCGCUCAUGGCCGUGCUUGGAGCAACCUCCGCAGCCAACCUGCUGCCCGUCCAGCAUCGCCAGGAGCAACCAGAGAUUUCCAUCGAGGGGUACUUUCCUAAACCAAACUCCGAUCUCAACUCGACAAGCUCGAAUUCCUCGGACAAGACCUUCAUUUUUGUGAACGGUCGGCCUGUGCAUCACAGAGACAUCCUCAAGCUUGUCAAGCAGUACUACGCUAACGCGGCUCAUUCCAGUAACGAGUCAGCUGGUCGCCGUUUCCCCAUCUUAAUGAUGAAUGUCAUCGUCCCUGCCUCGAGCGUAGAUGUUAACCUAACGCCUGAUAAAACUCAAGUGAUGCUACAGGACAAGGAUGCAGUGCUGUUAGCUGUGGAAUCUGUAUUGAUCUCUUUGUAUGGUUCGUAUUCCAUUGGUAAUGACAAACAAGAAGUGGGAGAUGAACACACUCAUUCUGCAGCUGUUCAGGACCCCCAGAAAUCACCUCCGCCUGAAAGCAGGAAGCAGCCUGACAGAGCUUCUGAAGAAGGUGUAGCUCAGCCUAGCCUGGACUGCCAUGUGGUGGCUCGAGUGCCACCUGUGAUGCUAGAACGUUCCAUCACAAACCCUAAGGAACAAAUCAGUGAGACAUCCUUGCCCGGUACUGCUAACACAAGCUCUUCCUCAUCAUCGGAGGACUGGAUCAUCAACAAGAGCUCGAGUUUUGACAGUGUUAAUUUCUCAUCGUUUACUGACAACGUUGCAUUGAACUCUACAGUCGACCCAGAUCGCAGCUCGCCGAGACCCUCAAAAGAUGAUGGAGAUCAAGGUCUAGGGGACGAGAUUUGUGCUGAAAGCUGGGCCAUGGGCAGGGCUUUCACAGAUCAAACCACGGGACAGUGCCUUGAGCCUGUGAAACUCCAUUUGCCAGAAGCCCACGGAGGCAACGAAGUGCCAGACCCCAAAAGUAAGAGCAACAGUCCAUCCAAUAGACCCUCAAAUGUGAUAAUGGAGAAAGUGGCCAAGCUGACAGCUUAUGACCUGAUCAGCAGCCGCUCCGUGCGUCAGCCCCUGUCCGCCUUCGCCCUUUUUGAGCAGGACACCAGAUCGUCCGUCCUCCAGGAGAACCCACAGGCCAGUCUGCAGGAUGUCACUGCUGCUGUGAAAGAGAGAUGGGAAAGCCUUGGGGAGGAAGGAAGAAAGAAGUACGAGGGGAAGGCCCAAAAAUCCAUAGAGUCCUACAAUGAGAAGAAGAAGCAGGCAAUAGCAGGUGGUGACCCUGGCUGGGCAACUCUGCAGCAGCAGAGAGCUGACUCCUCGGUCAACAGACUGCAGGGCUUGAAGCGCAAAGCCCCCCUCUCCAACCAACAGAUCCUGGACAAACUUUUUUCUUCUCAGCCUGCGAGCAAGAGGAACCCCUCGAAGCUGACCAGGCCUCUCCCGUUCAGCGUAGCUGCCCUCAGGCACAAGCUUAAGCUCAAGCGCCCCUCCUGCCCCAGUGGCUUGAGCACGCAGGGCCUCAGGCUUGUAAACCGCUUGGCUUCUCACUGCGCCUGGGCCAUUUUAUGUGGUAGAAAGCUUAUGUUGUUAAAUCCAUUUCGGGUGGAGGAAGCCUUGCUGUUUAAGAGACUUCUGGAGAAUAAUAUACUUCCAGCAGCGAGCCUGCAGACCCCUAUACAGUUAACAGAUGGUGUCCUUGGUGGGCCUGAGUACCUGGACAUUCUUAUGAGUAUGGAGAAGGCAAGUCCAUCUUUAAAUGGUGAAAUCUACUUUACUGAUCCCAGGCUGGUGACAAAUGGAUUUCAAAUCCGAAUCAUUCCAGGUUCCUCCUCCAUGGGGAAGUGUGUUGAAGUGACAGGUAUGGCUGACUGCAUGCCUUUCUACGGCAUCGCGGACCUGAGGGAGAUCCUGACAGCUGUGAAAGAACAGGAUGCGAAGACAGUUCAGCAGUGCAGGCCUCUCAAAGUCUCAAACUACUUAGAGGGGGAAGCCGUAAGGCUGGCCAGGCAGUUGCCCUUGAGCUUAUCCCGAGAGGACGUUACAAACACGCUGUCUCGAAUGAAACAAGAGCUUGAAGAGAAGCAAGAGGUCUGCCUUCAUGGACGGCCAUUUUUUCAUGACCUGGUUGAUGUUCCUGAAACUGAGCAGGAAGCUCUGCAGAUCAUAUCUAGCACUCACUGAGUAUUUAGAUUUUUCAGUAUGAGAUGUAGUUGGUGUUGACUGUAUACUUACAUGCAUUUGUUCAACUCUUGACUGGACUGUUCUCUUAAUGCUUUGCAAUAUUCUGAACUGAACUGUACUUAAUCUGAACUUAAUCCGAGUUCAGUCAUGGUCUAUUACAUAUAUAAUGACAUGU